ACAUAGUCCUUCAAUUCAUUAGUUACGAAAGUACCUAGAAUUCCCAGGUUACGAAAUAAACAAAAUAAAACUUAGUACCUACUUCGUCCUUAACGAAUAUAUCUAUAUCUACUCCUCGCCUAUUCCAGCUCAUAAACUGAUGAGUUACGUAAUUAAAGAUCCAUUAAUAAUUACUUUGUCUAUACUCAAGACGUCAAAUUACUACUUGUAGGUAAGUCUUCCGAGUAGAGGAUUUUCCAAUUAAAUUUCCUGUUAAUUAUAAUUAGGAUUUAUCCAAUUAUCUUUAAAAAUUCCAUUAUUUCUUUGAUUUGGGCUUACACAGAAUUUCUUCAAUAAUCAACUCACUUUUUAGUCAUUGGUAAGUUCCUACUUACUCCCCAUACGAUGUUAUAUCGCGGCCUAAGUUAAUAUCAAAAAUGAGAUAUAUUUUUAUAGCAUGUAGUAGGUACAAUGCUACAGAUCUAGACCCCAACAAAUAUCUAGACCUCUCUUCAUCCAAGCUCGGCGGUUUCAGGUAUUCUUGACCUGACCCUUUGCCAGGACAUCCUUAAUUUGAUCAAGAUACGUUCGUCUAGCACAGCCAGGCGAGCCAUAUUGGACAGUUUCUGACUGCUCAUAAAGGCAUGCAAAGCUCCAUUCACCAUGUUUCUCAACUAAUAAUAAGCGGUAGUUUGAUUAUUUGUUCAUUAUUAAGUUUUAUUUACUUAAUCUAUCUAAAUCUAAGUUCAAUCUCUUUCAUAAAGAGUUUUCUUGAAAUUACGACGACACAUACCUAUGUGGUUACUUUCUUACAUAGACGGACAAACAUCUUUUCAUCUCAAACCUAGUAGCUGUACAUUUUGCACGCGCAAUCGAGGCUGCAAUUCAAAGCUAGAGCUAAAUUAAUAUUUCUAUCGUGAGACAAUUGUUUAGAAGACAACGGCGCGAGUCAGGCCGGUAGAAAGCCGAUCUCUGCCAACAUCAACACCUAUAAAACUACCUGUUGUAUAAUCAUGCCUUCAUUACUCCACUUGGCGGCAUCACUGCAGUAGUGCCUUUGUGAUUGUCUGUUCCGUUAAAUCUUAUAAAACUUGACCAGUUGUUAAGUGGUGUUGUGAUAACGCAAUGGAUUCGCAGCAGUUUCGCGAAUUCGGCAAGGCAGCUAUUGAUAUGGUCGCUGACUAUUUGGAUAAUAUAAGAAAAUUAGACGUCCUGCCUUCAGUUGAACCUGGAUAUUUGCUAAAAGCUCUACCAGAAGAUGCGCCAGAACAGCCUGAGCAAUGGCAAGAUGUUUUGAAGGAUUUCAGUGAAAACAUUAUUCCUGGAGUGACACAUUGGCAUUCUCCACGAUUUCACGCAUUCUAUCCCACUGGAUCUUCAUACCCAAGUCUGGUGGGCAAUAUCCUAAGUGACGGCUUAGGAGUCAUUGGAUUCAGUUGGAUGUCGAGUCCAGCGUGCACCGAAUUAGAAGUAGUGACACUGAACUGGCUGGGGAAGCUUCUGGGCCUUCCCGAAGAGUUUCUCAACUGCUCGAAAGGCCCUGGUGGUGGAGUUAUUCAGGGUUCCGCAAGUGAAGCAACUCUAGUCGGAUUGCUCGUCGCAAAAGAAAAAAUGGUACGAAAAUUACUAAAAAACAAUCCAAGCCUUGACGAAGGUAUCAUUAAAUCUAAGCUGAUUGCUUACACUUCCGAUCAAUGCAAUUCAUCGGUUGAAAAGGCAGGAUUACUUGGUUCAAUGAAAAUGAGACUAUUAAAGGCUGACGCAGACGGAAGACUACGUGGCGAAACUUUGAAAACAGCGUUUGAAGAAGACAGAGCCCAAGGUUUGAUACCUUGCUAUGUCGUUGCGAACCUCGGUACUACAGGAACAUGCGCAUUCGAUCCUUUGUAUGAAUUGGGACCAAUAUGUAACGAAGAAGAUGUAUGGCUUCAUGUCGACGCUGCAUAUGCAGGCACUGCCUUCAUCUGCCCGGAGUACAGACAUUUAAUGAAAGGGGUGGAGUACGCAGAUUCUUUUGAUGUCAACGCUCACAAAUGGAUGCAAGUACAUUUCGAUUGCUCUGCCAUGUGGGUAAAAAAUGGAUAUGAUCUAAUAAAUACAUUCGACGUCCAGAGAAUUUACCUGGAUGAUGUUAAAACAGAUAUCAAAAUACCAGACUACCGACAUUGGCAAAUGCCACUCGGUCGUAGAUUUAGGGCUCUGAAGCUAUGGACAGUUUUAAGGAUAAACGGCGCCGAAGGGAUACGGAGUCACAUUCGUAACCAAAUCAGCCUCGCCCAGUACUUUGCAAAAUUGGUCCAAAAUGACAAUCGAUUUAUUGUAGAGCCUGAACCAUCAAUGGGGCUCGUUUGUUUUAGAUUAAAAGAUGGUGACAUCAUGACUAAAAGAUUAUUAGAAAAUAUUACAGAGAAAAAACAGAUCUAUAUGGUAGCUGCCACAUAUAGAGGCAGAUAUAUCAUUCGUUUUGUUAUAUGUUCACGUCUUACGACUACAGAAGAUGUUGACUUUAGUUGGAAAAUAAUUAAAGCAGAAGCUGAUUUGACUUGUUCAAAUAACGUGAUCACUAAAUCCAAAAUUCCAGCUAUUAAUCUCCAAGAGACAAUUAGCUCGUGUGAGAAAUCUAAAUAAGGCAUUUUUUCCCCUAUGGAAAAUAAUGAACAUCGCAUAUAACUUAGCUGAGUAGACUAAAAUACUUAUUUAGUUAUUUACGAUUUCAACUUGUCUACAAACGGUUUAGAAAGGCGGAAAAGACAAAACGAAUGUCAAGGUUUAAUUUUACAAACAAAAGAAAUAUUGUACUUACCAAAAUAAACACUAAGAACUUAAGUGAUAUACUUACCAACCGGCUUAUUUUUUUAUUUAAAUACAAGUUACUUGAUUAG